ACUAACAAGUCACUUGUAAGUCAUUUUAUAAAGUGCCUAUUUCUAUAUUCUAGUCUUACUAUUGUGUUAGCUUCAAUCUGGCAGCCAUGAGCAUCAAAAGGUCCAAGUUAUUGAUUGCUAUAUUAAUCGCAUUAAUAACAGUCUUUCUACUGAUUCAACUAGUUUUCCAAAAAUCUCAUCCAUUACCUCAGAUACCACCGAUUCCAACUUCAGUUUUAGUUAAAAGUGCUGAAAAUUCAUCUUCUAAAGGAUCAGCUAAUCCACAAUAUUUAACAACUAUUGAAACUAAGAUUUCAUCGUUAAAUGGAGAUGGAACUAAUGUUAAAGAGCUUCCUCAUUCAUCGCAAACAGUACCUAGAACUUCCCAAAUAUUAUUGUGGACUGAUUUUUUCAGCCAAAAAAACUAUGUUCGAGAUGAAUGGAGAUCAAAUUGUGACUACACAAACUGUCGAUUUACAUCAAAUCGUAGCAUAUUGGAAAAUGCUGAUGGUCUUAUAUUUCAUGCUAGAGAUAUUAAUAUUUCAGAUUUACCAAAUAAACGUAAACCUGAACAAAGAUGGAUCUUUUUAAAUCACGAAUCACCUGCUCACACCUCUUUCAGUUCUCUUUCUUCAUUGGAUGGUCUCAUCAAUUGGACAGCAACUUAUCGCCUGGACUCAGACUUCCAAUUAUCUCCACUAUUUGUUCCUGUUCCCACUGUUUUACCCAAACCUUUUAUCAAUCACCAAAGACCCGGAAUUGUGAGUUGGCUAGUGAGCAAUUGUCACACCCCGAGCAAUCGAGAAGCUUAUGUGGAAGAGCUUUCUAAAUACAUUCCUGUGGAUAUUUAUGGAGCUUGUGGUAAUCACACAUGCUUACCAAAAAUGUCUCAGGAUUGUUAUAAGACAUUAGCUGAUAAAUAUUAUUUUUAUCUUUCAUUCGAGAACUCUAUCUGCUCCGAUUAUGUGACGGAAAAAUUUUUCUUCAUUAUGAACUAUCCUAUCGUACCAAUCGUUUUUGGUGGCGCAGAUUAUAAGAAAAUUGCGCCUUCCAAUUCAUUUAUUGAUGCAUUAUCAUAUGAAUCUCCAAGAAGUUUAGCUGAAUAUCUAAAGCAUUUGCUUGAAAAUCCAGAUGAUUAUAAUAGUUACUUCAACUGGAAAAGGUUUUACACUCAAUCCUCAUCUCAUUAUGCUUGUCAAAUUUGUAAAGCUUUGAACAAAGAAGGCGAUUCCAAGAAAACAUGGGAUAAAUUAUCUGAAUGGUGGUUUGGAAAUGCUACUUGUUAUCGUUGGGACAAAAAGCAAGCUAAUUCAAUCAAAAUCAAAGAUUAAUGUGUAAGAACUGUCAAAGCAAAAAAGAAACUCUGUUUCACU